AUGGCGCCGCAGGUGCUCGGCAGGGCGCUGGUUACCGCCAAGUGGCUCUCGGAGGCCGUGCGGGCCGGGCGAGUGGGGCCAAGCCUGCGGGUGCUGGACGCCUCUUGGUACCCGCCGCAGGAGCGAAAUGCCCGGCAGGAGUUCAAGGAGAGGCACAUCCCCGGGGCCUCCUUCUUUGACAUCGAGGAGUGCCGCGACAAGUCCUCCCCCUACGACUUCAUGCUGCCCAGCCCAUCCCACUUCGCUGACUACGUGGGGCGCUUGGGGGUCGGCAGUGACACCCAUGUGGUGGUGUAUGAUGGGGACGAGCUGGGCACCUUCUACGCUCCCCGCGCCUGGUGGAUGUUCCGCGUGUUCGGGCACAAGGAGGUGUCCGUGCUGAACGGUGGCUUCAAGAACUGGGUGAAGGAGGGCCACCCCGUCACGGCCGAGGUCAGCCAGCCCGAGCCAGCUGUCUUUAAGGCCAGGCUGAACACAGUCCUGGUGAAGACCUUCGAGGAGAUGGUACAGAACGUGGGGUCCCUGCGGUUCCAGGUGGUGGAUUCACGCCCCGAGGGCCGGUUCCGGGGGACCGAGCUGGACCAAGGACUGGAAUCUGGUCACAUACCUGGCUCUGUGAACAUACCCUUCCACUCAUUCCUAACAGAAACUGGCCACGAGAAAAGUAUUGAGGAGAUUCAACAAAUAUUCCGUGAGAAGGAAGUGGAUCUCUCAAAGCCGUUGGCAGCCACGUGCCGCAAAGGUGUCACAGCAUGUCACAUUGCCUUGGCAGCCUACCUGUGUGGCAAGCGUGAUGUGGCUGUUUAUGAUGGUUCCUGGUCAGAGUGGUUCCACCGUGCCCCACCUCACUACAAGGUCUCUGAGUUGAAGCGCAACAAGGGCUAGAGGAGGAAGAGUUGUUCUUGGACAAUGAGAUCUACCAGCUGUCUCCAGCCCAGGGUACAGGGAAAGGGAGGAGGUAGAAGUACAGAAAAAACAUGCUGGUUUAUAUUUUGUCGGUUUUUCUAGUAAGGAUAAUGAGAUUUCUAUCAAUCUGUCGGUUUCUCAUAGUGAAUAAAAUCUACUUCUAAGAUGAUA